CCAUCGAAAGAGCAGCUGCCAGACAUUAUUGGAACGGAGUUAACAUGAAAAUCGAAUGGGCACCACUCCGGGUUCCUCUGGAACGCCGAUUGCAGAUCAUAGUCACGGCUUUCUUCACUUUGAUGCUGUUAAUACUAUUAUCUGUUUCAUUUCUAUUAGUUGCUGGUUCACUGAUAUAUGGAGGCAUCUGGCUACGUAGCCUAAUGGUGAUUUACCUGGCCUACGUCUUUGUACAUCAUAAGAAAACUCAAUCUGUGGUGGAUGACAAUGGCUGGAUGAUAACCCGUAGUAACUUCCUUCAUCGUCACUACCGCAAUUACUUUCCCGUGGAGUUGGUGAAAACCGCCGAAUUACCAGCUAAUAAGCACUACAUCUUGGCCAGCUUUCCUCACGGAAUUCUGGGGACGGGCAUUGGUAUUAACAUGGGUGUGGAAAUCUCAAAGUGGUUAGAACUGUUCCCUCAAGUGCGACCCAAAGUAGGCACUCUGGAUCAGCAUUUCCAUGUUCCCUUCAUGCGUGAGGUCAUCCGUUGCUGGGGCUUAGUGUCCGUUUCCAAGGAGGCUUUGCUGCACAUGCUUACCAAAUCAAAUGACCCCAAGCACAAGGACAAUCGGGAUGGAUUCACCUCCAAUGCAGUUGCUAUUCUGGUGGGUGGGGCUCAGGAAGCUAUGGAUUCGCACCCUGGGCAGUAUAUUUUAACCCUGAAGAAUAGGAAGGGUUUCGUCAAAUUGGCCAUUAAAACGGGGUCAUCGAUUGUUCCGUCAUUUUCAUUUGGCGAGGUGGACAUAUUCGACCAGGUGGCCAAUCCUCCGGAUUCCCUUCUCCGUCGAUUCCAGAAUCUUGUAAAGAAACUCACCGGUGUUUCCCCGCUAAUCCCUGUGGGUCGAGGUUUCUUCAACUACACCUUUGGCUUCCUGCCUUUUCGCCGACGCAUUGUCCAAGUUGUUGGUUCUCCCAUUGAUGUUGUGAAGAGCGAUCAGCCGGACUCUGAGUAUGUGGACAAAGUGCAUGGACAGGUCAUUGAGGCCCUGGAAAAAUUAUUCGAAGAGCAUAAAGACAAAUAUUUGCAGAACUCUAAGAUGGCCAAACUGGUUGUACAUUAA